AACCCCUGACCCAGGUCUUUUUCUUUCCCAUCCGUUUGCGAUUUAGGGUUUACGGUUCCGAAGUGGGCUGUCGGAGAUGAUGUACGGUGACCCACCGCAGAAUCCGGAGUUCCCUCGAGUGCCGCCUCCACCCUCGCGGCAGCCGUCAGCUUCUUCCACCAAUCUGGCGCCGGAAUUCCCUCGGACGCCGGCGCCUUACGAAGCAUAUGGAGACAGUUUUGCGGCUAGAAGAAUGCGAAAAGUUGUUCAAAGGCGAGCUGUGGACUAUACUAGCACUGUUGUCCGAUAUAUGCAGGUUCGCAUGUGGCAGCAGGAUGUCAAAGACAGACCCAUUUUGCAACCUACUCCAGCUGCUGUCUUGGAUAUCCUACCAACAGUUGCAUAUGCAGACAACCCUUCCAUAAGUUAUGCUGCCAAGUUUGUUCAUGCCUCAACAAACAAAAAUAGGUGUUCCAUUAAUAAAGUCCUAUGGGCUCCUACAGGCCGACGUCUCAUUACUGGAUCACAGAGCGGUGAAUUUACUUUAUGGAAUGGUCAAUCCUUCAAUUUUGAAAUGAUUCUUCAGGCUCAUGACAAUGCAAUCAGGUCAAUGAUUUGGAGUCACAAUGACAAUUGGAUGGUUACUGGAGAUGAUGGUGGUGCAAUCAAGUACUGGCAGAGUAACAUGAAUAAUGUGAAGGUCAACAAAACGGCGCAUAAAGAAUCAGUGCGAGACUUGAGUUUUUGUCGAACAGAUUUGAAAUUCUGUUCUUGCUCUGACGAUACAACUGUUAAGGUUUGGGACUUUGCAAGAUGCCAGGAAGAGAGAUCAUUAACUGGCCAUGGUUGGGAUGUCAAGAGUGUUGACUGGCACCCAACCAAAUCAUUACUUGUGUCAGGGGGAAAGGACAAUCUUAUAAAAUUAUGGGAUGCUAAAACAGGGAAAGAGCUCUGUUCAUUCCACGGCCAUAAGAAUACUGUGCUUUGUGUUAAAUGGAACCAAAAUGGUAACUGGGUGCUGACUGCUUCGAAGGAUCAGAUCAUUAAGCUUUAUGAUAUUAGAUCCAUGAAAGAGCUUGAGUCGUUUCGUGGGCAUUCCAAGGAUGUGACUGCUUUGGAAUGGCAUCCAUUUCAUGAAGAGUACUUCACCAGUGGGAGUUUUGAUGGCUCAAUUUUUCAUUGGCUUGUUGGGCAUGAAACUCCCCAGGUUGAAAUUCCUGGUGCCCAUGAUAACAGUGUCUGGGAUCUUGCUUGGCAUCCAAUUGGAUAUCUACUUUGCAGUGGGAGCAAUGACCAUACGACCAAAUUUUGGUGCAGAAAUAGGCCUGGAGAUCUUAGUCGAGAUAAAUACAGCCACGGUCCAACUGCUGGUUAUGGUGAUCAAAACUCCAUGAUAUCUGGCCGGGCAGUUGGUGGUUUCCUGGCAUCAGAACCUCCCUCAACUCCUGGACCAUUUGCUGUUGGGUUAUCAAGAAAUGAAGGAACUAUCCCUGGUAUUGGGGCUGCCAUGCCUUUAUCUGUCCCAUCAAUUGAUGGAUCUGAUCAAGGGGAUCAGAGGCAGUCUUUUCCUGGUAGCAUGCUUCCUGGGGCACCUCCUCUUCCACCUGGCCCUCAUCCAUCUCUUUUAGCAUCUGGGCAGCAACAAAUUUACCAGCAAACUCCUCUUCACCAGCAGCAUCAACCAUUUUCACAGCAAAUGCCGUCUACAAACUUGCCUCAAUUGCAGCCUCCAUCACAUGUACCACAACUUCCUCAUCUACCUCCUCCACGACCACCUCCUCUUAAUUCUCUUGGUAUAUCUGGCUCAAUUCCAGGAUCCAUGUCCAUGCCUUCCUCGAUGGUUCCAUCUAUGCCACCUUUCCCAAAUCAUAUGAUGAUGCAAGGACUGACUCCUCAGCUGCCACAAGGACAUAUGAUGGGAAUUAAUCCGAUGAACACAGGUUCUGUUUCCGCCAACAAUGCCCCUCCCGUAGGAGCCUUUGCCAAUGCUUUGCAAACUGUUCACGGUGCAUCAACAAGCGGGCUACAGAACUUCCCGCUAGGUGGGUUCAGCCUGCAACAAGGUGGGCAGAUGGCUCCGAUUCCAGGAUUCCAGCCUGGGAUGAUGGAUAUUCGGGUUUCGGGUAUGCCAUUAGGAGGGAACACUGGAAAUCCGCUUCCACGACAGCCACCUUUUCCUCAUGGAUCUCCACCCAAAUAGCUUGCUUUCUGUAUUCCUUGGUAUUCACAUAUAAGAUUGAGUUGUAACCUUGGACAUCUAUUUAACAAUCAUCUUGGUUUUAAGCAUUCUAUGAUAAAUUAAGUUGUACAAGUACCUUAUGCAAGAAACCUCUGUAACUCGUUCCCGAGAAUUAUCAUCUUGUUCAAAACAAUGUUCUAGUUCA